AAUAGUUUUUAUAAACAUUCCGGUCGAUACCUCGUUGAUAUGCUCAGUACAUGUGUCUUAUCUUCACCGACCAGUCUGCUUGGAACAUCAGUGGAGCGCGUUCAUUUAAAUAUAAAAUUUCGUCGUUGCGACGAAACUUAUAUACAACCGAUUACUGAUUUUGAAUUAUAAUUUAUUGCCAAAUACGUCAUUGUAACACAACAGAGGGCGUUAUUCGUGAACUAGUCGUCGCAAAACUCGCAUGACUCUUAAAAUAAUUCUGUCGAAAAAAUUAUAAACAACCGCUUAUAACCGUUCCACUGGCAAUACGUAUAUCAAGUUCAAGGUUAGAAACGCUCAUUUCCACCGGCGCCUAAUUAAUUCUAACAAAUGAGCGGCAUGACGCAACGGACAAACAAGUUGACGUCUACUUAGUCCAAUAUAAUGUUAUCACUCCAGGGCGCCGAGAACGCAACAUUAAAUGAAUAUAAACAAACAAAUGAGAACCCCAAACAAAUGUACGUGAACGGCAUGAAACAACACUACACUGACGAAAUAUUUAUUUGCGGUUAACUCCCGACAAAUGCAAUGAAAAAAGAAAUUGUUAUUCAAUUUGCCGAGCAUGUCUUCUUGAAAAUUACGAAAAAUAUGAUGAGCAAGUUUUGUGGUGCUUAUAAUAUAUUUGCUACUUGGAUAGUUAUUUUGCUAUGACAACGAGUAUCUACAUGCGCUCUGGUUAAUUUGCUGUGCAGUCAGUAUUUAUGAUAAGCAUGCUGUAUUUUUGUACCUAAAUAAAUUUACAGGGCAUAAAUACCUCUUUGACCAAUAAUCGAUGUGUAUUGGUUGAAUAACAAAACAUCAACUUCCACCACUCUCUCUCCCUGUAAGAUAAGCUCUCAGCUCUGGUUAAGGGGCCAAUUGAGCGGUAUAAAAACCCGUUACAACUGUUUAUCAAGUCUCUCCCCUGGAUUAAGUAUCUCCCCUGGCUUCUUAUAAAACAAGAUAAAAUUAAUAAAUUGACUGACCGAUGAGGAAAACUUUUAAUAAGAGGAUGCAUUCGCAAUGUUUUGGAGUUCCUGAAAUUAUCCUUAUGCGUAUUAGCAAGAAUAUAGCAAGAAAUAGGAAAACCAAAAAUUAAUCUGAUCCUAAUUAGGUACGUCUAAAAAUGUAUACAACCUUUUCAUAUUGUCAGAUGAUUGUUUAUUGCGUAAUUAAUUAGUUAGUGAAUACCUACUAAUUAUCGUCGCACUUAUUUCGGCCUCUAUUGUAUCCAAGAAUCCGUAAUUAAUUCAGAAACGUUUGUAAAGUUAGCAUUAUUACAAAUCAGUAUUGAUUGACUUUAUUUAAAAAUCGAAAUCUACUAUAAUAACAAACUUUUAACAACAAGUUUAUUACCACAAAAAAGUUUGUUGUUUAAAUGAUAACUGAGAUACUUAUGGUCAAGGCUGUUAGAGUUGAUGUCUGCUUUAUAUAUCUAAUAUGGACGUUUCAUAAUACUACUUCUGAAUUUAGGUGUUGUAACAGGAUCUACCACGCUAUUUCAGAUUUAAAAAAAACACAAUGAUAUAUUAAUGGCAUUACCAUCACAUCAGUUCUCAGUGUUCUGUCUUGGAAACUAGUCGAGAAGCGAAGGUCAGUAAUGUUCAUGCGUCAUCGUUCCACCCAAAAUAUUCUAAAAAUAGUGAGGUCAACGUCACAAUAACAGUACAAUAUAGAUAAGAGGGAGUGUUUUUAAUGUUAUCGUAGCUUCGUGCUGGUUCGAUAAAUUAGGAAUUCAUAAUUAGCUUAUGUCAUUCGUUAAAUGCUAAUUUUAGUCUGUUUUCAGUAGCAAUAAUUUAUUUUUGUUUCUUAUAUGAUCGGAUACAAGAAAACAUGUAAACAAAUAUAAAAAAAAUAUAUUUAUGUACGUUUUCUUAAUGUUUUUCCAUUGGGGAACACUCUGAUUUUUAUUUUUAUAUUGUACUAUAAAACGUCAGUUUCAAAAUUGACCGUGAUGCUAAAUUCCACCGACUUGGAGCAUGUCCAAACAAAUAAAACCAAAGUUAACACCCGAGUUACUUAUUCUCAAAAAUAUCGCUCAUCCACCGAACUGUAAUACCUACGUCUGUAAACACUAAUGAUUAUAGGGCGGCUCGGUGACGGGAUGUACUUGCUACCAUCGUAAACGCCCUUCAAACUUCAGAUUGCCCCACUCUAUAAUAUAUAGUGCAUGUAUCGUUCGCUCGAUCUGAAAGAUCUGAAUCAGCCAUUGACAAAAAGAUCUGGUUCGUUCGACCCGUUCAAUCGAACGAUUGAUUCAAUUCUUUACAUCAAUAGAUUCUAGCUCCAAUGUAACUACGUUUAAGAAUUAUAUUCGAUUGGCUCUGUCAUAAAUUUGAAAUACGGCAUCGUCGGCUCGCGCUUUUUUCGGCUCAUUGAGCGAACGAAUCAUUUUCAACGAAGUGACCCAUUCGUUAGCGACGAUUUAAAGAUCUGGUUCAUUGGAUAUACAUAUUACAUAUAUACAAUUCGGCUUGUUAUCGGGGGCCGAGCCCAAGGCCGCCAUUUAUAGGAAAGCCGUUAGCGAGACGGCAUGUAUUUUUCGUGAAAUUCGGGGGUUUUAUUUAAUUUUUAACGACUGACUUGGACAACAGAGGCGAUAAUAAUAUACUGCAGUUUUGAUGAAAGACAUACUUGUACCAAACGAGUUAAGUUUCCAAUUGGUUUUUUCGAAAAGGAGGUCAACUACGGCUUUUAUAGGAAGGUUUCCCGGAUAAAUAGACUGUGAAUGUAUUGAUAUUGCGAGCGUGAUGUAACAUUGUAACCUCGUAGAUAGUUCCGAAGUGUGACAACACUUGUUUAUGAGAAUGAUUAAAAGGGAUCAAAGAAGAUCGUUUUAUGUAAUUCAGUUCAUAGAGUUACCUUUCGAGGGCAUUGAUGACUACGUGUGUGUGCCCUAUUCCUGGAUAACAUUUAUAAAAUCUACAAAUCGGAAUAUAGUUGUGAAUUACCCGAACAACGAAGAUCCCUUGGAAACGAAAGAACGCGUUAGGAGAAAAGAGCGACCAAAUAAGUCAUGGAAGUUAUAUAUGGCCUACCUUAAAUAUGAAUCAGAUGAUUUUCAGGAUGCUGAAUUAUGGAUAACGAGGAAAGAAGUAUCAGGAAAAAAAGUUUCAGAUACUGAACCAGAACCUCAACUGAAUAAAAAGCUACGAAGUGCCAAUCAAUAUAUUUGGCCAGAAAGCAACUCAGACAAGCCUUAUCUAACAGUGAAACCCUAUAACAAUCCUCGAAAACCACUACCGAGAAUUUCGAUACGACAACCGCUAUCUCAGGUAUCUAAACAAAACCUGAAUAAGAAGUGCUUGAAAUCAGAUGAAAAUCCAGAGCCUGAGGAGGUCAUUACAGAGCACAUAACUGCAAAGUCUGGCAGCUCAAAACGAGAACAAGCAGUAAUCAUCACUGGCAAUCAGGUGAUUCAAAAAAAUCAGACGAAGACAAACUACGCUUCCAAUGGUGAGAUAAACGCCGAGCGGAGUCCUCAACCUGAAGUUAUAAAGGAAAAUCAGUCAGUUGUCCUUUUAGUUCCUUCUACUUCAGCAAAACUUCCGGUUGAGCAUCAACUUUCACUGCAGCCGCCAACCGAGCAACAACUGUCACUGCAGCCUCCAAAUGGUCGACAACCUUCACCGCAGCCUCCAAUCGAUCGACAACCUUCACCGAACUUUAUAGCUGAGCAACAUUCUUCAUCAAAGUCUUCAGGCGAAAAACAACCUUCACCUGUUGGCGAAGACUACCAGCGACCUGUUAGCAUAUCUACUGUAGAUCUGAAUGGAUCUAAGGGAGAUCUCGAUAGCUGUAAAAACGUUUUGCCUGAGCCUGUCACGGAUAAAAGACCAUCAACUAAAACUUCUCCGAGCAAUUUCAAACCGGCUCAUCAGCCUGAUUUGAUGAACGAGAGGCCAACUAGACUGGUUCGUCAUGAAAACUCAGUUCUCGAGCCGCACUCACGAGAUGUACCCAAUGACUGCCAAAAAUCUCAACUUCAAUGGAUUUUGACUGCGCCAAACGUAGUACCGAAGUCCCCCGGUACAUCUAACCAGCGUUUUCAGGAAUAUGGAUGCCCUCAAUUACCAAAUUUUUCAGUUAAUAGCACUUCAAAUACGAAAUUCCAAACCCAAGGAUUCAGUGGGAAAAAUUAUAUUGGAGUGGCUGAUAACCACUCAUUUCUGUGCUCUCAAGACAUUAUUAAUAGCAUGCCAUCUACUUCUCAUCAUGAACCCUCUUCGGAAAAACUGACUCAAAUUUUAAAACAAAAAGCUAGACAACAACCUUCAGCAGUGAAGAAAGUGAAAAAUCUCGUUGAUAAGAAAACUAACCUAGAGGGUAUUGCAAGAAAUAUUGCAACCCUACAAUAUCCACCAAACUCAAUGAGACAACUCGGCUUACCUGAUAGUUCAACAGUCGCACAAUCUGCACAAUUUGCUCAACAUCACUUACGACAGGCACAAAUUGAUGGAUCACUCAUAAAUGACGAUAGACAUGCAAUGAGAGAUAACUUUACUAAUCAGAGAGAUCCCUGUCCCCAAGGUAUGAUGAAUAUAUCAGCCGCACAGAACCUCUUAAAGUUAGCUCACCAGUAUAGCCCUUUUUGUGGGAUAUCACAUGAACAACAAUAUUUGCCGACUCUGGACUAUCUGCAGCAAUACACACGUCUUCAAGAUAUGCUUAGAAGGCCAAGCAUGACUCCAACACUUGAUCAGAUGGCUUAUUAUCAAAAUGCUAUGAUGAACGGAGAAUCCGUUAGUCAACCGAACCCGAUCAACCAGCCCAUUCAGUUUCUUUCCCAAAACGUAAAUCAUUACGUACCGAUUAACAACGCGUACUCACAAGAAGUAAAAAGCCAUGAACUGAUAAAGAGAUAUACUGACGGAAGUCACCUUAUUCACCAGCCUAUUACUCCCAAGGAAGUGAAUAUUCAAUUUCCUGUACAUAACUUAUCGAGCCAGUCACAACAGGAUGCCGAACAUCCACAAAAAGAACAAAAUCAACAGAAUUAUCGAGAUCCGCGUACAACAAACACACAAAAUGGCCUUCCGCUCAAAUCGAUACAUAGAUCUCCUAUUCCUAAGCCUCAAAAAAUCACUAGGAGAUCACGAUCACUCUCUACCUCGAAGACUCCAAGUCAGGCACUUCAGGAUGCUCAGAGAAGCUGUUUAAUGCGAGAACUGAAUAUACAGGAAACAGAGAAUCAAAGUUCUACAAAAUCUAAUAAUGCAAAUCUAGCAGCUAUUUCUGAAAACCAGACGGAAGAACUAGCUUAUUCUACGGAAAACAUCAAAGUUCAACAUAUACCAUCAUCUAACCAAAUACAGGCAACACAAUUUACUUUAGUUCAAAAUGAGCAUAACUGCCAAUGCUCUGGUAUGAAAAAAACUAUGAUUAAUCGAGCUACCGAAACAGAUUUAAUGAUGGAUGUCAGUCACUGUGUAGAAGCAAUAGCUGGACCUUCUUUUUCUGAAAACACUUCAAGAGCAGUGGAAAGUGUGUGUCAGACGGAUGAAUGGUUGGAAAAAGACGAAGGCUCACAUUAUCAAGAGACAUCUUCAGAUUCUGAAAAUUCAACAGACAACGAUAUUGAAUCAGAAAACGAAGUAGUUCCAGAAGCCAAUCAGGCGACUCUGACAGCUGAACAAAACCUUACACAGGAAAAUCAACAUAAACAAUCCAGAAUAAUUGUUGAGCAAGACACGUUGGAAAUAAUUGGUACUCUCUUUACUCAAAUGGGAGCCAAUUUGUCUCUCACACGUGACAUGUUCAAUGACUUACGCAUGUCCUACCUCGUAAGUGCACAAACAUACAAAGAAUUAUUAAAAAACGUCGAUAAAUUGAACUCGAUAGAGCCCCUCCAAAAUUCUGCGUCUCCACCUAACAAUGUGAUAUCACAAGUUACUCUAGAAAUACCAGCUGGAGACAACGAUAACACUACUAGUGUGGACAAUGCAACAACUUCGAUUCAUAAGCAAAGAGGUACGUUCUCUCUGCCACCAGAAUAUCAUCCAAAUGAUACCAGGUGGACUCUAAAGUACCGAGAAAAUAAGCGAGGACUUGUCGAGCUCAUACCUCGAACUGGUGUUUACGUCAAAAGGAAAGAGCUGAAACGUUGCAUACGGGAAUCAAACGACGUUAGAACGCUGGCACGCUUGCUGUUAUCAGAAGUUUUCAGCCAAAACGCUUUACGUGUGUGCUCAUGGACAGGUGGUAAAGCAAAAGCUUUUAAUUCCGCGAACAUUGACGUCAGGCCAGGACUAGAUGAAAAUGCGAGAAUGGUCCUGCUAACAUUCGUUGAACAACACGGGAAGAAAUGUGGUUGGAGUACAGCCAACCCAUCAGCUGUCAUGAGUACUAUUAACACCAAGAUUAAAGACAUAAGAGCCAAGUAUGAGCAGACAUGCAAAACUUUGCAUGUUAAAUAAAUAUAGAUUAGAAUAGUAAUUUGUAAUUAUUAUGUAACUGAUUACAGGUCAUAAUUAUAAGUAGAGUAUAAGUUUAAUUAGUGGUUGUUUUUAUCUGUUAGAUUAGUUUAGGUUUUGUAGAUUAACACUAUAUUCUGUAUUACAUUGGAGCGAUGAUUAAUAACCAAAUCUUUUCAAGUCUGCCGCACUACCUCAAGCUUAAUAGCGUCACCAUACAUGUACAUAAAAUUAUUAUUAUUCAUAAAAUUUGUAUACUCAUCGAACUAGAACAUUGAAAUCUCUAAUAAAACUCUAGACUAGUU